CAUAAAAUAGUUUAAUCUUCAAGUUGAAGGGUUACAAGCGCACGUGCUAACAUGGAAUUAAUCCGUAAAUCGAUGACUGUAGAAAACGGCGAGGUGAGCGCCGAAAUAUUGGGUAAAGGUACUCGCAAGCUCGUGUCUAUCAACGCCAUCAGCAUACCACGCAUUUUAGGCCUUUCAAAGGAGCUAUUUCCCGAUAGUUGGAGAUCUUCGUUGGGUUCUCUUCUUCCUGAUGUCAUGGCAAUGACUGAGGCCCCAUUAACUGAUUGUGCAGAUAUCGAUUACAAAAGCGAAGACGGCACACAAAAGACGAUACGGUUGUCUGAACAAGAAGCAGGUAUCCAUAAGGAGGCUUUGUAUGCUUUGAAAAAGAAUUUUGAAGGCAUUAUUACGCUUGGUAAGGUUGCAGGUCUCACAGAAAAGGAAAUAAGUGCUCUGUUUACGAUGGUUUUGCUGGAUCACGAGGAGCAUGCGCAUUCAAAUGGAGUGGAAAUUCACGAAUCUAUGGACGAGAUGCUGCACGAUGCAAACAUGCACGAUCCAGAGAAUUGGAAUAAAUGUCAAUCUCAAUAGAAAAAGGUGAAUUUGUUUUCUUUAAUGAGGGGUGAUUCUCUUUGGAGUAACUUGAUUUAAUAAUGAUUGACUGUUGUUUCUUUUUACUCGGGCUAGUAAACACAAGACUACGCGAAGGCACGCCUAGUGAUGCAAUUUUCCAUGUGAGGUGCAAUGCAAACCUUAAUCUCUUUCUUAUAACCCAACCACAAUAAAAUAAAA